GAGAGAGAGAGAGAGAGAGAGAGAGAGUAUAUGAGAAUCGUUGUCUUUCCCAGGGAGAUUUAGAUAUUUAUGUCAGCAGCUUUGCUAUGUCUAAUUCUACCUCUCCUCAUUCCUACUUUAAAAAGUUCCCUCUUUUGCUCUGUUCUUCGCGUAUUUAAAGCUUACAGAGUUAAGAGUGGAGCAGAACAGGAACCGAACAGAAAAAGUGCGGGUGCUCCAGCUCUCCCUGCCCUGUGAGCUCUAUUCAUUGCAUACCCUUGCUAGAAAACAGGCUUGCUCCCCCAGAGCCUGCUGUACUUUCACAACCGAGCAGAGCUCUUUCAGGGUAAAGAUCUACCUACUCUUCAGGAUAACACGGAGAUCCCAGUAUUGAUUGCCCACUUCCCUGGCUCCCCCUCCCUGGGCACCGAAGGGCAUUGGGUUCCUAGGGGGUCUGGGAGCACAGUCCCUAGGGAAGAAGAAGGGGGAGGAGCUGAAUGAAUUAUAGAAGCGUGGCUGGAGGGAAGGUGGAGACUGGAAGGGAAGUGCAGGUUGCUAGUGAGGGGUGGGGAUGGUUGUGGGAUCGUAAACUGUGCACGCAGUAGCCUGGGGUUCGCGGGGCAUACGGAGGGAAGGCAGUUCUGGGGCUGGGGGGCGAAUCGUUCUCUCUCCUCUCUUCCUGCACAGGGAACUUGCCCGGCCCUUUCUCCCGAUCGGGACCCUGGGAACUGACAGCUUUCUCUCCCGCACCUGUUUCCCUCCCGCUCCCUGCGCUCUCUCUCCCUUCUUGGGGGUUUCCCCUCCACUCCGGUGCACUUUCUCUACAGCGGCCGGACCCUCCGGGUGGCAGAAAUCAGCAGCUUGGCAGCUCCGAGGGGAGCCGCCCUCCUCUUGAUAGGAAAGAAGCUCGGCCCCUGCUGCGCCCCUCUGCUCCGGAGGCGGAGGAUAAGACACGGCAACACCGGGAGAGUGAACCCGGACUCAACUCCGCGAAUUUCCCCCGACUGGCCCCGGACACUGGACUGGACGAACGGGACUGGACCGCGCCCUCCGGGCUAUUCCAGGCUGCCCUGGAGCUUGACUCCUCUGCAUCCGAUUGCAGCCAAGCCAAGCGCAAGCAUAAGUGGGAAGAAGGACGAGUAGUCUCGUUCUAGGCCCAGAGCAAUUGUGCGGAAUGAACAUGGGGCCAACAGGAGCUGAGACCGAAGAGAAUCAGACAACGGAAGAAACAGAGGUUGAAUGGUAUGGGACCGUACAAACUACCCCAAGAAGUCAGCUAGACCCUAAAUCUGAACUUGUUGCUAGCACCAACUUGAUUGAAGUUCAGGUUGUCCUUAUACUGGCCUACUGCACCAUCAUCUUGCUGGGAGUGAUUGGCAAUUCCUUGGUGAUCCAUGUAGUGAUCAAGUUCAAGAGCAUGCGUACCGUCACCAACUUCUUCAUUGCCAAUCUUGCUGUGGCGGACCUUCUAGUGAACACUCUGUGUCUUCCCUUUACCCUUACUUACACCUUGAUGGGAGAGUGGAAAAUGGGCCCUGUCCUGUGUCACCUGGUCCCCUACGCCCAGGGCUUGGCGGUGCAAGUAUCCAUAAUCACCCUGACCGUGAUUGCCCUGGAUCGACACCGGUGCAUCGUUUACCACCUAGAGAGCAAGAUUUCUAAGAGGAUCAGUUUCCUGAUCAUCGGCCUGGCCUGGGGAGUCAGCGCCUUGCUGGCUAGUCCCUUGGCUAUUUUCCGGGAGUAUUCUCUGGUCGAGGUCGUACCCAACUUCAAGAUUGUGGUCUGUGCCGAGAAGUGGCCAGGUGAGGAAAAGAGCAUGUACGGCACCAUUUAUAGUCUCUCUACCUUGCUGAUCCUGUAUGUCUUGCCAUUGGGUAUCAUAUCGUUUGCCUAUAUACAGAUCUGCAGUAAGCUGAAGAAUCACAUCAGUCCUGGGGUGGCCAAUGACCACUACCAUCAGCGUCGGCACAAAACCACCAAGAUGCUCAUGUGGGUCGUGGUGGUGUUUGCGGUGAGCUGGCUGCCUUUCCACGCCUUCCAACUCACCAUUGACAUUGACAACCAGAUCAUGAACCUGAAGGAAUACAGGCUCAUUUUCACGCUGUUUCACAUCAUUGCCAUGUGUUCUACCUUUGUCAACCCCUUUCUUUAUGGCUGGAUGAAUAGCAACUAUAGAAAGGCUUUCUUCUCUGCCUUUCACUGUGAGCAGAGGCUGGAUUCCAUUCACUCAGAGGUGUCUGCAACGUUCAAAGCCAGGAAGGACCUUGAGCUAAAGAAGGCCACUAGUGCCAGUGACUCCUUCACUGAGGCUACCAACGUCUAAAGACAUUUUCUGAAAAGUGGGGAAUGGGUUCCAAUUAGAGUCAAUGCAGGGCUUUCAAAUAGGAACAUCCUCCAAGGAAAAAACCAGCAGUUGAGUUAAAACUUCGGCUGGUGAUUGCUGGGAGAGCUGAUUGUCCACAUUCAUGGGCAAUUGUGCAUAUCACAAAGGGCUUUGUUUUCAGUAGAUUAUGGGCUGAAUUUGAACAUAAACAGAAAGUUACACUUGGUUUCUAUUCAAGAAGGUGGAAGAAAGAUUUUGCAUGUGAAAGUCUGAAUGCAAUGUGCAACAUUUCAUCAAGGAAAGAGGAUAAAUCAACUUACCUGGCAGCUCCCAACAUCAUAGGGCUAUGAAUGACUAAAGGAAUCCACAACCUGCACCUCUUCUCACAAAUUACUGCAAACACAUUUUCCUCCAAGGAGUAGCAUGAUAUUCUUGGAUGUGUUUUUUUAUUUAUUUCUCAUCUCCCUAAAAACUGCUACAAUGAGGAUCUUCUCAGAAAGCCAGACAAACAUUUUUGUUUAGAAGACUUUGGGAAAUAAAAUGAAGAUUUCAGUAUUAUCAAUCAUUUGAUAUUUGAAGGGGGAAAAUGCCUCAGGAGUCAAUUAAAAAAAUCUCUUGAAACACAAUUCAUAUUUGAUUAGCAUCUCUUAAAAUCAGAAGGUUCAAGAUUAAACUUUCUAACAGAUACAGGAGUGUAAAUUCCCAAUAAUUUUCUGAUUUAGAGUAAUUUCUGCCUUUUAAAAAAUAUUUGUGGUUUGUUUCAUUUAUCCUGAGUUAAGCCUAGGAUCACCAUUUUCAUAUAUACAGUUAAGUUUGCAAAUGAAGUUAGAAUAUGAUUAAUUAAUAGUUAGCCUAUGAUAAAACUAGACCAUUCAGCUGCCUGUGGUAACCAUCAGCAUUUCUUGCAGCCAGAAGUAAGUUGCUGUAGCUUAAGUAUAAAACACAAUUUGCUGACUGCAUCUUCUACCGUGAUUUUCUUCCAUAGUCCCCCUUCCCUUUAUGGGUUCAUUCAGAAUAAAGAAAAAAAUAAAUGAUUACUUCAAAAUGGAACUCAUUGGGUAAAAAACAGUUAUCCAUCUCAUAAUCUUCCCUUUGGAUUGAUUUCAUUGUAAUUUUUCAGGCUUGUUUUCUUAUUCUAAAAUGAUGUUUUGAAAUAGGUACAUAAUAUUAUUAUGUGUAUUAUGUGGGACUUCAAUGUAAUCUUAUAAUUUUGUUUUUUAAAAAAUUAUGAAUAUAGUGUUUAUAUUUGAAAAGAUAUUCAUCACUCUGCUUCUUUCACAAGAAGGACUGACAAAUCUUUGAAUUUCAAGAUAGAUUUGUGAGUAUGAUUCUGGUCAUUGUGAGUCUUUGAUAUAUUCGAUAUUUGUCAUCAGCCAAAAGAAUAUCUUGAAGUUUUGCAAUUCCAAAGGGGCUGAGGAUUGGAAAUAUGCUUUCCAAUAAGGAAUCCCUAGCUCUAUGAUGAUGCUUCAGGCAGAGGUAAUUAUUAAAGAGUCUUUUGAACCCUGUUAGAAAGAAGUUUCAUUACCAUCAUAUUGUAUGUGGUGAAUUGUAAGUGCCAUCUAUAAAUAGGUGCCAUAUUAAAAAAAACUAUAUGAAUAUUGUGAAUGUUUUGUUUCAUUACAAAUGUGAUCAUUUUGAAUUGGAGAAUUCUAUUUUGUUAACACUGGGCAAGAAUCAGUGGAAAACAGGAUGGAUUCAGUUAGAACAACUGGAUUCAGAUCCCCAAUUAUGUUUUUCUACCUGGACAAGUCAUUUAAUUUUUCAGAGAUUUCAGAAGUAAAAAUGAGAGUAUAGGACUAAAUGAACUCGAAAGUUCCUUCCAGGUAUGAAUCCUAUGACUUGUGGUCCAUUAUUAAGUAUUGGGAGGGAAUGGCAUCAGAAACUAAACACUGCUUCUAAGAAAGACCAAAAUUCUUUGAAGUAAUAGAAUAAGUAAAGUACAACAACAAGUGAGAUUAAAAAGUAGAUGAAAUGAUAUAUGGGCAAGAAAUAAUGUAUAUUGCUACAAUAUAAUAUAACAAAUAAUUUAUUCAUGUGUUCUGAAAUUUUCUGUCCACAUCAAUUUUGUCUCUGAAAUAAUAUGUCCACUUUUUAGGAUGCUACUUAAGUUAAUUGUAGGUUAAAAAUAAUGUGUAAAUAAUAUAUAACAAUUCUUUCCUAGGAGAACAAUUCCUAGAGGGAACAUUCAUGUCUAUAACACCUAUAAUGUGAGGGUAAAAUAGUCUGUGUAUAUCAUUUUUAUCCACUUAGUAUUGGAUUCUUUUGACCCCAAAAAAUUGUUGAAUUGAAAAAUGUAUUAAUAAAAUGUUUCUUUUUGUGCAAUUGUAUUAUUUAUAAAAAUAAGAAUUCUGAAAGUGAGAGGAUGGGCGUGAUCUUACACACAUUGGGAUUUAUACACUUCUUAAAAGUUUAGAAAGGGAAGAUUAGUAAAUCAACAAAACUUACAUGUGUUAAGUGCAACAGCAAGGACACUAUGCCAAGCACUAGGAGCAAUACAAAGUUUGAAUCAAUCCCUGUUCUAAAUGAGUUUCCAUGCUAGUAAAGAGGUAGCUUCUGAGUCAUGUUGUAUAGUAAACAGCAGAUGGACCCUUGUUGGGUAGAGACAAAUGUCAUUCUUCUAAACAAGAGGAGAAGAUGAAUGAGAAUAAUCUUUGAGUUUCUUGCAAUAUAUUCAAGGCAGAGAGUUUAGUGAAUACUAAGACUUUAACCAUUAAAAGGUCUUGGAUUGUCCAAAAAUCUCUUUGCAAGUACCAGGGACAGAAUACUAUGAUAUUUAAAAUAUAGUUGCCUUUCAAGUAGUCUCUUUUGGAUUCUUCAUAUAGGGAGAGUCACAUGAAUGUUAUGACUCUUAAAAUGUUGUGAGAGAAACUCCCUCUUCCCUAUAUAAGUUGAAUGUGUUUUUGAGGAACUCCUUAAAAAUUCUCCAACUAAGUCAAUGUUGAAUCCUCACAUCUAAACUAAUUUUUGUUUGAAACCAGGGGGCUUCAAAAAAGGAGGAUAAGAAUGGGGAUGGAAGUUGGGUCCAGGAGGAAUUAGAAAAGAAAGAAAUCUUACUGACUAGACAAAAAAUUAGUCAAAGGAUUUGGAUUACAAAGAAGGAUGGUGGAAGCUAAUGACAGAUGACAAAAUGAAAUAAUAAAAGACACCUGACCUUUCUAGAACAUUUGAAAGCUUCUAAAGCAAAUAGGUAUUGUGAUUUUUCUCAUUUUUCAGAUGAGGAAAUUGAAUCACAGAAAGAUUAAAUGACUUGCACCCAUACAGAUAAUAAGCUUCAAAGUUGAGGCUUAAAUUCGCUCCAAGUAUUUGUUCCACCACUACAUCAUGUUGCCAAGAAUUGAUAGAAAUUAGUAAGUAAGAAGUGUUGAAAGAGAAAGUGGGAAAUUAAAAAUGCCUACAAAAAAUCAAUGUAAGAAGAAACCCAUUGUUUUAAAUGUAGAAGAAACAGAAGCACAUCAAGAAAAAGACAGGAGGAAACUCAGGAACAUGGGAUAAUAAAAGAGCAAAUUUUUGCAUCUCUUGAUACAUAUGUGUAUAGGUAUAUAUGGAGAACACACAUACAGAGGGAGAGAGAUUUUGAAGUUGGAAUAGGAAGAAGAAAUAUAAUAAUAUGGAAGGCAGGAAAACUAUCUGGAAAAUGUAAAUACCUUAGUGAUUUGUAUUCUAUGCGCCACAAUGUCCUCAUUUGUAAAAGUGAUUAAAUUAUGUGGUCUUUAUUUCUUUUCUAAUUUUUAUUAUACAAUGACAGCAUCCUUCACAGGACAUUAGCAAACUUUAUUUUUCUUGUA